CUUGGCUUCCGCGAGGGAGGGGCUCGCUUCCUUCAAUCAGAACGUUCAAAACAAUUUUAUGACCCUCCCUAUGAAUAGAGCGGGGUUAGCUGAUAGCGAUCUCAGCUGCGGCAGAGGGAGAGUUGAGCAUGAAAUUAAGCGCACUGCAGUCGCCACAAACACUCUUGCCCUGUCAGCUCUAGUGAACCUGCGUUGUGAAAAGAGGCAAGGGAAGGAUUUCGGUGUAAAACCGGUCGCCCUGCCCCUGUGGUUUUCAAGCUUCCCAUCUGAAAUCUUUCGCCGCCAUGGCUGCUGAGGUUUCAAGGGGCAUCCCCGGUUCACCUGCUUGUCCUAAAUCUCGCCCAGCGGAGGGCGCCGAGGGGGUGGGAAGGCGGGGAAGCCUGCAUCCAGCCAGCGCUGGAGAUUCGCUCUCAGAAAUGUCACCUUGCCAAAACUUUACUGGAUUUAAACAUGGAAAUGCAAAGACUGAGAAAUGAAAAUGAACUGUCAGCAGCUUCAGAAUCCAAGGCACUGAACAUUGCUAUAAGCCCAGAAUAAUAAACUGCGUUUCAAGACAUAAACCCUGAAGAUGAAAUAUACAUUCCAUAAAUGAUUCUGACAACAACAUUAUGGAUAAGCUGCACAACCUUCUAGAUCCAAUUUGGGAGCAGAAUACAUGGCAUGAUUUGAAAAUUACAACAAAGUUCAAGUGUGUGUGUGUGUUAGGGGGGAAAUGUUGUAUGUAUUAGGGUUUGAAAUCUUCCUGUGUGUCUUGUGGGAAAUAGGGGGUGGAGGGAGAAGUAAUGUCUAGAACGUGUGGGAACUUUCUGCUUCAUUCCCCAUUCCUCUAUAUGUUUGCUAUUCUGACAGUUUUAUUGCCUAGGGUUACCUUAGCAUUCAGAACCCAGGCCCAUUUCAUUUCAUUACCUGUCACUUCAAGUUUUCAUUAGUUUACAUGUUUCUUCCUCCAGAGUGAAAAUUUUUAAGUGUGGUCUGGAAUUAAUUCAUUUUAUGUUGUUUUUCUUUUAACAAAAUAUUUUAGUACCAAAUAAUUUAAUUUUCUUUACUAGACUCAAAUAACUGAAAGUUCGGAGGAUGAUUCAUAAAAGCAGACAUAUCUAGGCCAUAAAACUCCAGUGUAUUUAAAAUGUAUAGAACUGUAAUUGAACUUUUAGCAAUAAAAAGUAGUGUCUAAAUGCUGAGAAGAAGGUGACUUUUCAACCCUUUUAUUGCAUUCAUGGCCUCUAAUGAAGUUGGUAGAAUGGAACUGUUUUAUGUUCAUUUUGGUAACUGUGCCAACAAAAGUCCAUAUUAUCUUCUUCAGGGGAAAAAUCUACGAGAAACUCCAUAUUUACUGUACCUCCAAAUUAUCUUCUCAGAGUGGAUGGCCAGGGCAUGGAGCAGGCAGGCAGGUUGUCUUUUGGAACAUGUAGAUGUACUAAGAUCCGUGGGAUUUAACUACAGAUCUGUGGGCAUUUGUAGAGGGCUGAGAAAUUUACACACAGGCCCCAGUGCCACUGUGUUGCUCCUUUCCCCUGAUAGUAUGGUUCCCUAAGGAACAAUGCAGGUCAUGGUAUUGUUUGGCAGGUUUCAGUCUGUGGAAGGGGACAGUAUGUAAGAUAAUGCUGAUGUAAGAUAAUGCUGGCGUGCAGGAGGAUGAUGCCAUGUCAUAUUCCCAUUUUUGGUGGGAUCAGGAGGACAGAGCAUGCUGCAUUGUUCCUCCUCCAUCCCUCUUCACACCGAGAGUCCUGGUUCUUUUAACUUUGGCUCUCCCCUGCCUGCGGUAGCUAAAGGGAGCGUAGAAGCCAAAUGCAGUUGCUGAUAGUACAGCCAUUACACAUGUGUAAUUCAUAUUUAAAUCAGUGUGAAUUUUAGCUACCUCACUGCUGCAGGGCCCUAACUUACCUUGUGAACUUUUGGAUGAGGGAAGCUAACAAGCAUUUUACUAAGUGUGCAAAUGCUUCAGGCUUGCUUCUGCUGAUGGCAAUACGAGUUUUUAUCGUUGAUUUCAGUUGAAGCAGAAUUGGGUUUAUGAUGUUAUUUCCUACAUGGUGACUACUGUGACUGCAUAGUUUUAACUUGGUUUUACUAUGCAUUGACCAGACUGUGAUGGGUUUGGUCACAGAGACCCCGUUGGGACUGUCCCCCGAUGUGCUGAGCCCAUUUUCUUUGCCAGCUUGGGACUUCAGAACCCUGGCUUGUUAAGCCAGGCACAUUCGCCUGCUGCAAACCAGACCCAGGAUCUGAACCAUGCUCCCAAAGCUGCAAACUUAACUGAAAACAGCUCAGCAAGUAGUCCUGUCUCCAGCAGCCAGACACCCAGCUCCCAACGGGAUCCAACCCCCCCAAAAUCCAUUUUACUCUGUAUAAAGCUUAUAAAGGGUAAACUCAUAAAUUGUCCGCCCUCUGUAACCCUGAUAGAGAGAUAUGCACAGCUGUUUGCUCCCCCAGGUAUUAAUCAUUUACUCUGGAUUAAUGAAUAAACAAAAGUGAUUUUAUUAAGUAUAAAAAGUAAGACUUAAGUGGUUUCACGUAAUAACAGACAGAACAAAGUAAGUUACCAAGCAAAAUAAAACAAAACAUGCCAGUCUAAGCCUAAUACAUUAAGAAACUGAAUACAGGUAAAUCUCACCCUUAUGUCUACACUACGAAAUUAGGUCGAAUUUAUAGAAGUUGUUUUUUUAGAAAUCGUUUUUAUAUAGUCGAUUGUGUAUGUCCCCACACAAAAUGCUCUAAGUGCAUUAAGUGCAUUAACUUGGCAGAGUGCUUCCACAGUACCGAGGCUAGCGUCAACUUCCAGAGUGUUGCACUGUGGGUAGCUAUCCCACAGUUCCCGGAGUCUCCGCUGUCCAUUGGAAUUCUGGGUUGAGAUCCCAACGCCUGAUGGGGCAAAAUACAUUGUUGUGGGUGGUUCUGGGUAUAUGUCAUCAGGCCCUCCGUGAAAGCAACGGCAGACAAUCAUUUUGAGCCUUUUUUCCUGAGUUACCUGUGCAGAUGCCAUACCACGGCAAGCAUGGAGCCCGCUCAGCUCACUGUCACUGUAUGUCUCCUGGGUGCUGGCAGACACGGUACUGCAUUGCUACACAGCAGCAGCAACCCAUUGCCUGUGGCAGCAGAUGGUGCAAUAGGCCUGAUAACCAUUGUCAUGGUGUCCGAGGUGCUCCUGGCAGCCUCGGUAAGGUCGGUCAGGAGCGCCUGGGAAGACAUGGGCGCAGGAACUAAAUUAGGAUUGACUCAACCAGGUCAUUCUCUUUAGUCCUGCCGGCAGUCCUAUUGUACCAUCUUCUGCCAAGCAGCCAGGAGAUGUGGUUGGCUAGCAGUCCUACCGCACCGUCUGCUGCCAGCCAUAGAUGUAAAAGAUAGAUGGAGUGGAACAAAACAAGAAAUAGACCAGAUUUGUUUUGUAUUCAUUUGCUCCCCACUCCCUCCCUCUGUGAAAUCAACGGCCAACAAUCGUUUCAGUGAGGUCUGUCAGGGGCACCUUGAAAAGUUUAAUGGAGAUUCAGUCCUGCCUGAAAUACCAGGGUGUGGGGGGGAGAGAUAGCUCAGUGGGUUGAACAUUGGGUUGAGCAUUGGCCUGCUAAACCCAGGGUUUUGAGUUCAAUCCUUGAGUGGGCAAUUCUAUGUGACAGUUGCUUUUGUUUCUCUUUGAUGUAAAAGCCACCCCCUUUGUUGAUUUUAAUUUCCUAUAAGCCAACCCUGUAAGCCAUGUCGUCAGUUGCCUGUCCCUCCGUCAGAGCAACGGCAGACAAUCGUUCCACGCCUUUUUUCUGUGCAGACUCCAUAUCAUGGCAAGCAUGGAGCCCGCUCAGAUCACUUUGGCAAUUAGGAACACAUUAAACACCACGCGCAUUAUCCAGCAGCACCAGAACCUGGCAAAGCAAAACCGGGCGAGUAGGCGACGUCAGCGUGGUGACGAGAGUGAUGAGGACAUGGAUACAGACUUCUCUCAAAGCACGGGCCCUGGCAAUGUAGGCAUCAUGGUGCUAAUGGGGCAGGUUCAUGCGGUGGAAUGCAGAUUCUGGGCCCGGGAAACAAGCACAGACUGGUGGGACCGCGUAGUGUUGCAGGUCUGGGACAAUUCCCAGUGGCUGCGAAACUUUUGCAUGUGUAAGGGCACUUUCAUGGAACUUUGUGACUUGCUUUCCCCUGCCCUGAGGUGCAAGAAUACCAAGAUGAGAGCAGCCCUCACAGUUGAGAAGCAAGUGGCAAUAGCCCUGUGGAAGCUUGCAACGCCAGACAGCUACCGGUCAGACGGGAAUGAAUUUGGAGUGGGCAAAUCUACUGUGGGGGCUGCUGUGAUGCAAGUAGCCAGUGCAAUCAAAGAUCUGCUGCUAUCAAGGGUAGUGACCCUGGGAAAUGUGCAGGUCAUAGUGGAUGGCUUUGCUGCAAUGGGAUUCCCUAACUGUGGUGGGGCCAUAGAUGGAACCCAUAUCCCUAUCUUGGCACUGGAGCACCAAGCCGGCGAGUACAUAAACAGCAAGGGGUACUUUUCAAUAGUGCUGCAAGCACUGGUGCAUCACAAGGGAUGUUUCACCAACAUCAACGUGGGAUGGCUGGGAAAGGUACAUGUCACUUGCAUCUUCAGGAACUCUGGUCUGUUUUAAAAGCUGCAGGAAGGGACUUUAUUUCCAGACCAGAAAAUAACCAUUGGGGAUGUUGAAAUGCCUAUGUUAUCCUUGGGGACCCAGCCUACCCCUUAAUGCCAUGGCUCAUGAAGCCAUACACAGGCAGCGUGGACAGUAGUCAGGAGCUGUUCAACUACAGGCUGAGCAAGUGCAGAAUGGUGGUAGAAUGUGCAUUUGGACAUUUAAAAGCGCGCUGGCGCAGUUUACUAACUCAGUUAGACCUCAGCGAAACCAAUAUUCCCACUGUUAUUACUGCUUGCUGUGCGCUCCACAAUAUCUGUGAGAGUAAGGGGGAGACAUUAAUGGCAGGGUGAGAGGUUUAGGCAAAUCGCCUGGCUGCUGGUUACAUGCAGCCAGACACCAGGGCAGUUAGAAGAGCACGGGAGGGCGCGAUGCACAUCAGAGAAGCUUUGAAAACCAGUUUCAUGACUGGCCUGGCUACGGUGUGAAAGUUCUGUUUGUUUCUCCUUGAUGAACCUCCCACCCCUUGGUUCACUCUACUUCCCUGUAAGCUAACCACCCUCCUCUCCUCCCUUCAAUCACCA